UUUUUUUUCUCUCAGCUGAUAGUGACGUAGCGCGUGCAGCUUAGACCAGCAGCGCACGGGGCAAACAGGACUGACUGUCCGUUUGUUUUUACCGGAGGGAACUUUGGAGUAGACCGCAACAACGGUGCUGGGCAGCGGUGUUGUUGUGUUAGAGGAUAUUCGUGAGGAGGCAGACUGGCGGAGGAGGGUCUGUGGCUGUCACGCUAGAGAGGGGGAGCGCAUUCCAGAGGCACCGCUAUCAAAACUAAUUCAUUGUUUCUCCAAACCGGCGGACAGACGGCUGAACUCCCCACUAAUUAGGCCAAAAGACUCAGACGAGGGGUGAGGAGUGACAGGAGGCAACAUGGUUGAUUACUACAAUGUCCUGGGAGUGUCCAGAACAGCCUCUCAAGACGACAUCAAGAAGGCGUACAGGAAACUGGCUCUGAAAUGGCAUCCUGACAAAAAUCCAGACAACAAGGAGGAAGCAGAGAGAAAGUUCAAAGAACUUGCUGAAGCCUAUGAAGUCUUGUCUGACACAAGUAAACGUGAUGCAUAUGACAGAUAUGGAAAUGACAGAAUGCCACGUACAGGUUCCUCCAGCUCAGACUUUUCAUCAGAUUUCCCAGGAUUCACCUUCACAUUCCGCAGCCCAGAUGAGGUGUUCAGAGAGUUUUUUGGUGGUCAGGAUCCCUUUGCUAGUUUCUUUGAUGACUUCUCAUCGUUUGGAGGCUCCUCCUCUCGCCUUGGCCCCAGUCGGUUCUUCUCUUUCCCCUCAGCCAAUGUUGAAUUUACCUCCUUCUCCUCUUCCUUGGGUGGUCUGGAUGGGAUGGACAGCAUGGGUGGAGGGAUGGGCAACUUCAAAUCAGUUUCUACCUCCACUCGCAUCAUAAAUGGCAAACGCACCACUACCAAGAAGAUAAAGGAGAACGGACAGGAAAGAAUAGAGAUUGAGGAGGAUGGGGUGCUGAAGAGUGUCCUAAUUAAUGGUGUGGAAGAUGAAAUGGCCCUUGCUUUAGAACUAAGUCGACGAGAGGGACAGUCCCAUCAAUCCCCUCAGAAGCCACGAAUCCAAAACAGAUUGCCUGCUGAGCCUGACGGACCCGCCCCAAGCCCUUACUCUGCAGCCACGCAUCGGUCAUUUAGCUCCGCCCCCUUCUUCAACUACGGAGGGACUGCGGGAGGCAGCGAGGAUGAUGAAGAAGACGAAGACCUGCAGAUGGCUUUGGCGUGCAGCCUGUCAGAAAUGGAAGCACAGCAGAGGGCGGCUGCUACUGGAUUCAUAUCAGACUCAGACUUCGAGGCCUUCACAAGCUAACCUGGUUGGCUCAUGCUGCUCUGUGCCCUAGCCCCGCCCUGAGGUCAAAGGUCAGUUUCCCACGAUGCACUUGUCUCUCUCUGCCCACCAUGGCUUCUACCUGCUGAAUGACACAAAACAUACAGAUGUGUAUUUAUAUGUGUGAGUGUCAUCACUCAUUGUUCAGAGUGAAAGACUGGAAACUUUGUAUUUUGAAACCCAAGAAAAUAGUUCUAAUCAUCUCUGCAUUAAACAAUAUUACACUG